GACUGACUGGGAAACUCAACUAUAAAGAACACGAGGAAAUAAAACGUCACAAAUCCGACACAUUCACAGCUUGGCCGUUCAUUACUCAGCAGCAAACAUGGACUGCGGAAUUCUGACAUCUAAAACCAUUCUUUUAUUUCUCAGUUUAAUAUUUUGGGCUGCUGGAGCAGCCCUCGCGUAUGUAGGCUCUUAUGUGAUAAAGAGCUACAACAGCUUUGAAGACUUCGUGUCUGAUAAGUACUCUGUCAUCCCAGCAGCCAUCAUAAUCGGUGUAGCUGUGGUCAUGUUUGUCAUCGGGUUCGUUGGCUGCUGUGCAACUCUGAAGGAGUCCAAAGUCGGUUUAGGCUUUUUUCUUAUCAUCAUCAUGAUCAUCUUCGCAGCCGAGGUGACCGCUUUUGUGUUUGGCUUCAUCUACAGAGGAAGAAUAAAGGGUGACCUAGAAAAGUCGAUGAAUGGCGUCUUUCAAAAGUAUGAUGGCGUGAACACUGAAACGCACGCAGUGGAUUACCUGCAGUCUCAACUGAAGUGCUGUGGGGUGAAUAACAUCACAGACUGGACGGCAGUACCGUGGUAUGGCCAACAUAACAACUCUGUGCCACAUUCCUGCUGCAAAACAAAUGCUACUCAAUGCACUGGCCAAAUCUCCCAAAUAGAUCUUCUCAACACACAGGGAUGUGAAGCUAAACUGGAGCAGAUGCUUCAGGAUGUGCUUAGUUAUGCAAUGUUGGUCAUCCUGGGAUUUGCCAUCAUUAAGCUGUUUGGGAUGCUCAGCAUCUGUGUCAUUACCUGCAGAAGCAAGAAGAAUGACUAUCAGCCUCUGUAUGCGUGAUAGUAAAACCUCCUAAAUCCCUCUCUUGGGACAGUCUCUACAUUCUUGAUACUGUGCAGCUAAACACAGCCUCACUGACACCAUGAACAACAGUGGAUUGAAGGUGUAUCAGUUUUCAAAAAAAUUUUUUUUUUUUUUUUUUUUAAUAAAUGCAGUUUGGUUUGAAUUUAACAGUGCAACAUAAACUGCUUAAAAUGCUGACAGGAACCACACAGGUGUGUGUGGUCAGAAAAACACUUAACAUUAUCAAAUGGUCAAAACCACGUGACCGUAGUUUCGACGAUGUUUCCCGCCAAACAAGUUUAUGCUAGUCCUCGACAAAUACUGUAUGUCUAUAUAUCCAGCUCCACAAAAGUACUAGGAAAUAUUACAUAGUAGCACUUCAGCAAAUGUUAAAAUGUAGAUCCAACUUUAGAGUUGAUAGGUGCACUUAAUUUUUAAGGAUUUUAUGUUUGUGUGGGCUUUUUUUUUUUUUUUUUGCUGCUGCUGCUACUGUCCAAGUGAUAUCUGUCUUUAUAGUUGUCUGUUUACGUGCAGUAUAUAUAUAUUUUUUUUAUUUUGCUGCUUUUCAUAUUAUCUGUCUUGUAGUUGUCUGUUUAUUAUAUUCGUUGCAAUGAUUUAACACAACAGAAGGAUAUUAAAUUAUGGAAAUAAACAGUUCUGAGUA